AUGGCCGAGUUAGUCGCAGGGGCUGGUUUAGGAACAGUGUUCACCAUGCUCUACGAUGUGGUUAAGGAAUGCUUAGUAGUGGGCAAGUUUAUGCAGUUUAAACCCCUCCUCGGAGCUCUCAAAUCCACCUUAGACUCCAUUCAACCACUCAUCAUCCAAAAGAUAGGAGAACACAACCUGAAACUGGGUCUCCCAAAUGAUGAAAUACAAAAUCUCGAGAAACAAAUGAGGGAGGCGGAAAAGCUUGUUGUCAAGCUCUCCAAGCUUCGGAUGUGGAACCGCAUCAAGUCUCGUUACACAGACCAACUUGUGGAGUUGGAUGGAACUCUGAAACGGCUCUUGAAACAGGUGUUGAUGCAGCAAGCGAGGGACGUUAAGGAGAACUUGAUGGUGGCAAAGGAAACUGCGCAACAACUUGUUGAGAUGCAAGAGUUCAAUGAGAGACUGCUGAAGGAACGGACGCUGCAGCAGGAAGAAGCGAUAGAUCUGCAGCACAAGUUUGUUUCGGCACUCCAAAACAACGCUAAACAGCUUGUUCAUUUGCAAGGAGUGAUAGAAGAAAUGAUGAAGCAGCAGGAAGCAAGGGAAGUCACUGAUGCCGGAACAGGGUAUGAUCUAGAGAAACUAUUCAAUCUGUUAUACGAAAGCGUUCAGCGGGUGAUGGUCGAGCAUGUCACAUAUAAACCCAUGCUCCAGAGCAUCGAAUGCGCCCUUGACUCCUUACAACCACUGGUCAAGGUGACAAAGAAACCUAGUGGGCUGUUGUUGGAUCGCUUGAAGGAGGACCUAGAAGUUCUGAGAAUACAAAUGCAAAACGGCAUGGAGCUAUUACGCAAGUGCGCAAAGAUAGGUACAUGGAACAUCUACAAAAGGUUCAAAUACGCCAACAAGCUUAUUCAAUGGGAAGAAUCUCUACGAAGACAGAUAGAUAUAUUGUACUUACGUACAAUGGGGCGUCCAAUUACAGUUUAAGGCCUAAGCAACAAUUACUAAUAAGUCUUGCUAAAUUGAAAACGGAACUAAUUACUAUUGAAAUAGUUCACUACUUCCGUGGGAGUGUGAGCCAUAGGUGUUGCCAAAUCUCAACAAGAAGGAAAACAAGGCUUUUCCGGAUGAUAUACGCACAAGAACUUUUGUAUCGGCUAGUAAUACUUAACG